AUGGAUGCCGAUUUUAAGGCUCAAUUAGAUCAAGAAAGAACUAAAGUUGAAGAUGCGUUUGAUUUUUUUGGUUGUAAAGUUGGUCGAGGAACUUAUGGACAUGUGUAUAAAGCAAAGAAAAAAGAUGGAAGUGACACACGAGACUAUGCAUUGAAACAAAUUGAGGGGGCUGGUCUAUCAACGAGUGCUUGUCGAGAAAUUUCCCUAUUACGUGAAUUAAAACAUGUUAAUGUUAUUACAUUACAACGUGUUUUUCUUUCGCAUGCCGAUCGUCGUGUUUAUCUUUUAUUUGAUUUUGCUGAACAUGAUUUAUGGCAUAUUAUUAAAUUUCAUCGUUCAGCAAAACAAAAUAAAAAACCUGUUGUAUGUGCACGUGGAAUGGUUAAAUCAUUACUUAAUCAAAUACUUGCUGGUAUACAUUAUUUACAUUCAAAUUGGGUACUUCAUCGAGAUCUUAAACCAGCUAAUAUAUUAGUUAUGGGUGAUGGUAUUGAACGUGGUAGAGUUAAAAUUGCAGAUAUGGGUUUCGCACGUUUAUUUAAUUCACCAUUGAAACCAAUGGCAGACUUAGAUCCUGUUGUUGUUACAUUUUGGUAUCGUGCACCAGAAUUAUUACUUGGUGCUCGACAUUAUACAAAAGCAAUUGAUAUUUGGGCCAUCGGAUGUAUAUUUGCUGAACUUCUUACUUAUGAACCCAUAUUUCACUGUAAACAAGAAGAUAUAAAAACUAGUACACCUUAUCAUCAUGAUCAACUUGAUCGAAUUUUUUCUGUAAUGAGUUUUCCAAAUGAUAAAGAAUGGGAAGAUAUGAAAAAAAUGCCAGAAUAUACACGUUUAUCAAAAGAAUUUAAAAAGAGCAAUUAUGCAAAUUGUAGUUUAAAUAAAUAUAUGGAUAAACACAAUGUUCGAUCGGAUAGUCGAGCAUUUCAAUUAUUAACACGUUUACUUACUAUUGAUCCAACAAAACGAUUAACUGCUUUCGAAGCAAUGAAUGAUCUUUAUUUUAAAGAAGAUCCUCGACCUACUGAUGAUGUUUUCGAUUCUCUUCCGAUUCCUUAUCCUAAACGAGAUUUCAUAACUGAUGAUGACUCAUCCGAUGUUACUGGUGCACAUGUAUCAAAAACUGAAUCAACAAUAAUGGUUAAAACCGAAGCGUCAUCAGUUCUUAUUACACAACAACAAGCAUCUCAUUUGAAUCAUAGUCAACAACAAUUAACAACACAACAGCAACAGCAACAAAAUGUACAUAUUAAACAACAACCACAACAACAACAUAAUAAUAAUAUUGUUCAACAGACACAUCCUCAACAAAUGAAACUAAUGCAACAACAUUCAUCCAAUGUAAAUAUCCAAGGGCAACCACCUGAAAAGAAAUUCUGUAUGGCUGGUGUUUAUACUGGUGGUGACCCAUCAAAUUAUGAUUAUCAAAUGGCUACAGUAACGAAUUUUCGUUAUACAACUUCUCCGAUUAUUAUUAUUCUAGGUGCAACAGCUGUUGGAAAAACGAAAUUAUCAGUUUAUUUAUCUAAACGUUUUAAUGGAGAAAUAAUUAAUGCUGAUUCAAUGCAAAUAUAUGAAGGUUUAGAUAUCACAACAGCUAAACCAACAAUUGCAGAACAAGAUAAUAUUGCUCAUCAUUUAUUUAGUUAUGUGAAUCCACUUGAUCGUUCACAUACUGUUGUGGAUUAUCGAAAUGAUGCUUUACCAAUUAUUGAAUCUGUAAUAUCUCGAUCUCAUCUUCCAUUUAUUGUCGGUGGUACAAAUUAUUAUAUUGAAUCUUUACUUUUUCAUCUUAAUCCACCUGAGUCAUCAUCCGAACAUUUACGUGACAAACAAGUUACAUCAUUAUUAAACGACUUGUCAGAAGAAAAUUUGGCAAAAUUAACUUCAGUCCAAUUACAUGAAUUAUUAUCGAAAAUCGAUAAACCAACAAGUAUUCGAAGACAUCCAAAUGAAGAACGUAAAAUACGAAGAGCUAUUGAAUUUUAUCGUGAUUCUGGUGGUAUUCCACUAAGUCAAGCAUUAAAAAAACAACAUACUCAAAGUGGUUUCUCUUAUCGAGGAUCAUUUCGUUUUCAACGUUGCUGUCUAUUAUGGUUAACAUGUCGAAAAGAAGAAUUAGAAAGACGUAUAAAUGAUAGAAUAAAAUCUAUGCUUGAUCGUGGUCUUAUUGAUGAAUUAGAAAAAUUUCAUGAUGAAUAUAAUCGAACAUGUACACAAUCAGAAGAAUCAUAUAAUUAUACUCGUGGAAUAUUUCAAGCGAUUGGUUUUAAAGAAUUUCAUGAUUAUUUACUUCUAUCAGAUGAUGAACGAAAAAGUGAACAUGGUGAAAAAGUAUUUGCUCAUGCUAUUGAACGUCUUAAACUUUCUACAAGACAAUACUCAAAAUAUCAAGAAAAAUGGCUUCGAAUGCGUCUUCUUCAACGUGUCGAAGAACAUUCUCCCAAUGUUUAUGAACUUGAUACAACUAAUUUGUCAUUAUGGCAUGAAAAUGUUGAACAACGAGCUGAAGCUAUUAUUGAUGCUUUUCUAAAAAAUGAACAAAUUCCAUUUGAUGCUCUUCCAAAAACACCAGUAGAUGAACCUGUUUAUGAACAAAAUACAUGUUUACCAUGUCAACGUGUAUUUCAUAUGAAAUCACAAUGGCUAGAUCAUUUAAAAAGCAAACAACAUAAACGAAUAAGACGUCUCUAUGAAUAUACAUUGCAUGCUGUUUGCGCUCCAUUGCAUGUGAUUGAGCAAGGAGCAACAAAUGAACAACUUGCUGCACAUGUUGCUGGACUUUUCAAUGUUGAUCCAGAAGAACAAGAACAAAAAUAUAUGCGAGCUCUCAAGUUACAACCAUGCUCUGUCGUUCUAUCUGUUAAUGUUAAAAAAGCACGUAAUUUACCUGGUGAAGAUCAGAAUGGUCUUAGUGAUCCUUAUUGUAAAGUGGGUGUUAUACAUAUACCCGGCAAACAAGAUGAUUCAAAUGAAUUAACAUCAUCGUCAUCAUCUAUAUCAGCUUCACCAUCACCUAAUCGUCCAAGAAGAAGCCCAUCAUUAUUUUCCUGUGCUAGCGCAUCAUCUUCAAAAAAGAAAUUAAAAUCAGUAAAGACGAAAAGUAGCCAACGAAGUAGUAAAAUUAAUAGUCGAAGACAUUCAACAGAUCAUGCAUCAGUACCAUUAUCUAAUAAGAGUAAAACAUUGAAAAGUGUUAUUUAUCGUACACAAGUUCGACCACAAACGAUUAAUCCAGAAUGGAAUGAACAUUUUGAAUUUGAGAUAGAAAAUCUACAAGAACAACAUUUACUUAUCAGAGUGUUCGAUUCAGAUCGUGGUCAAGCGCCUGGUUUUAAAACAGUUGUUCAACAAAAACGAGGUGUUGCACGUACACUUCUUGCAAUUCGAAGUCUCAUAAGAACAGGUGAAAUCGAAGAUGAUUUCCUUGGUCAAGUUAGUCUUGAUAUUAAAGUAAUUCAAAUUUUAUUUCUUUUUCAUUCAUUAGCUACAUUUGAUCGUGAACGAUGGUUUUCUCUAACUGGAUUGAACCAAAACCGUUCGAAUAACAAUAAACCAAGAGGUGACAUUCUACUUGGACUAAAAGUUCAUUUUAAAUUGGAUGAUAAAAAUAGAAAAAGUCAUCAACAUGGAUCAAAUGGUAGUGUGUUAGAAUUUCGUCGUCGUCAUUCAUCAUUAUCAUGUCCCAGUCAAAGGAAUUCCUCAAUUAUAUUACGUCCAAGCAUUUUUCGACAAAAUUUUCGUCCAUUAUCAAUGCAACCUCGUGAUUAUGCAAAACCCCCCGUCAUUGAAGACAGUCUUGAAGGAGAGUUAAGUCGAGAUGAUUCAUGUUUGACACCAGCUAUUAAUUCAGAUUUACCAUUAUUGGUUGAAGAAUAUCAUCAACUAACUCGUAUUGUUAUGUUACAUGAAUUAGAAGAUGCAAGAGAAGCAAAUAAAAACAAUGAAUCCAAGGAUUUAAUUAUUAAUUGGAAUGGAUCAUUAAAUGAUCUAUCUUAUAGCGUUCUCACAAAGUUUCGUGUUUUAUACAAUAUUUCAGUUCUAUCAGAAGCAUUUAUACAUUUACUUGUUAUUAUGGAACUUCGAUGUUCAGAAGAUUAUGCAUUGUUUAUAAGUCAAGGUGUUAUUGAAGCUCACUUGAAAAUACUUAUAGAACAAGUACGACAAAGAACUGAUAUUGAUGAUCUGGAUUUUACUGAUUAUGAAAAAACAGCAUUUAAAGAAAUUUUUUCUUUAUUCAUUGGUCAUUAUAAAAAACGAGUACGUGAUGAUGCACUAUGGUUUUUACCAUCGAGAGAAAAUUUAUCAAGUAUUCAAAGUAUAUUCGACACAAUUUGUACUUUAUUUCAACUAAAAAUUUGUUCAAAUGAAUCAACAACCACCAAAAUACUUGAAGAAACAAUCAAAAUUCGUUUACAAACGGAUAUAAAUGAUUCGUUUAGUGUUCAUCCAUUUGUAUUUCAGGAUAGGAACGAUAUACAAUUAAAUGCUGUUCGAGAAUUUAUUGAAUACGUUCAAAAAUUAGCUGAAUCAAUGUCAUCUAUAAAAGAAUAUCAGAAACUUUUCGCAUCCUUCAAUGUUAAUUAUGUAAAAGCAUGUUUUUUUGAACCGAACAGUGCAGGUGAUCGUUUAACGGAUUUAACAAGAUGUUUGUUAAAAAAUAUGACAGACUAUUUUCAAAAAUAUGCAAAACCAAUGGUGAAAGCAACAUCAUCAAUAUAUGAUCCAAAUUUAAUUCAAAGUUCAACUGUACUUUUUGCAUUAUAUUUAUAUUUAAAAAGAAUUGUUACAGCACUUCGAGAUACUCUUGAAGCACGAGAUUGGCAAACAAAUGCAUUUAAAUUUAAAUUAAUAGAUUAUCGUAAUUGGUUUUCACCAACAAUGAAAUAUUUAUUAGAAGGUUUUGUUGCACAGAUCAGACAAGCAAUGGAAAGAGCAGUAGAAGAUGAUAAUGAGGUUUUUAAUGAUGACGAUUAUAUCCGGUAUUCUGAAUCAUCUAAGGCAGCUACAAAUUUAUGUAUAAAGAUUUGUCAAGAAUGGGAAUCAGUUGAUUAUCCUGAGACAAGUGUACGUUAUACAGCACUAAUUAAAUUAACAAAUACAAUAUGUGAACAAUGUCAGCAUUAUGCAAGACGUACAGCACAUAAAUUAUCAGAAAAUAAAUAUUUUACCGAUUUACAUCGUACACGAUCAUUUAAUGUUUCGAAAAAAUUAUGUAUAUUAGUUAAUGAUAUUGAAUUUGUUAAACAAAAACUUCUUUCAUCAUUACCAGAUUUAUUGCAUUUCUCGUCUGUUAUUGAUAAAAUGAUUGAAUACUAUGAAUCAACGGAUUUUCAACAAACAAAAGUAACACUUGAACGUUUAAUAGCAACAGCUGAAAAUGAAAUGAAUGAUGUCAUUAAACUUAUAUUUGAACGUGUUGCGACAUUGUUUUAUGUAUCUUUGAAAGAUAAAAUUUCCAAAUACUAUGAAGAUGAAAAACGUAAAAAAGUUGAUCCUAUGAACGAUAUAAAUCAAUAUAUUGAUCAAGAGAUUCUUCUUAAAUUGUAUGGAGGUCUCGAAAAAGUUCAAUAUUCUCGUGUUGCUUGUGCUAUACGUAUAAAAGCAUUACAAUGUUUAAGAGAAUUAUUGCCAUUACAAGAACCGCCAGACUUUUAUGAGCGUGUUUUACAAUCAUUUGAUCAUUUGGCUGCAUAUUUUGAAACUGUAUGUCGUGAAGAACAACAUAUACCUAGCCCACCAUGUGAAGAAAUUACAACAUUUCGACGCACACUUCAGCAAUUUGCAUUGUCAACUGAACAAUUACAACUACUUUAUUUUCAAGAAAUAACUCAAACAAAUCCUCCUUAUGAAUGUUCAACAAAUAAUGGUGUAAUUGUUUUUCGUACUGCAUAUGAAAUUGUCAAUGAUCUUAUAUCUAUUUAUGUUCAAAUUCUUUCUUGUCGAGAUCUACCGAAAAUGGAUUAUUUUGGUGCAUCUGAUCCAUAUGUUAUCCUUGAACUAUUACCAUCGACACUUUAUCCGAAACGACCAAAGGAAGAGAAAACAAGUACAAUAAAACGAACACUUAAUCCAGAAUUUAAUCAGUUAUUUCAAUGGUAUCGUCUUCCACUGAAUAUUGUACAUACAGCGGGUGCUGUUUUACGUCUUAGUGUUUGGGAUGAAGAUAUGGUAAAAGAGGACGAUUUUAUUGGUGAAUGUUUUGUACCAUUAAUUAGUAUUGAAUCAUUAAAAAGUCGUGCAUCAAUACGUGAUGUUCCUGUAUCAGAAGUACGUUUGAGAAGACAAAAUAAAAAUGCUCAACCAAGAGUAUAUGAAUUAAUUCGAAAUCGUGCAAAAGUUGAUCAAGAAGCAGCUCUAUUUGUCAAACAACGCACUGAUGCAAUGGAAAAAGGAAACGGAAGUGAUGAUGCAUCUGUUAUAAGUGAUGAUAGAAAUUCAUCAGGUUCAUAUGCUAGUUCAGCUCUACGUUCAUUAUUUUGCAUGCUACCAUUUAACAUGGGUUUUGGUUCUCAUUCAACAGCUCAUGACCGAUCAGAUCCACCAUUACCAGAUUCAACACAUAUAACUAAUACACAAAUGGGCUAUCGUUUAUGGAGUCUACUUAAAUGGAAAGAAGACGUGACCAAUGUUUGCUGUACAACUUUUUCGAUAAUAGCAACUUUAGGUGCAACAGCUGUUGAAAAAACGCAAUCAUCAGUUUAUUUAUCUAAACGUUUUAAGGGAGAAAUAAUUAAUGCUGAUUCAAUGCAAAUAUAUGAAAGUUUAGAUAUCACAACAGCUAAACCAACAAUUGCAGAACAAGAUAAUAUUCCUCAUCAUUUAUUUAGUUGA